AUGAACGACCCCUACAAUUAUGCAGGACAGUCAAGCGCGAACAAUCGUUAUGCCACACAAGCUUCCUAUCUGGGGAACGGUCAACCAUCGCAGUAUGCCUCCUCCGGCUACGAUUGGUCUGAUCAAUCCCAGCAGAACUACUCGAAUAGCUCGGGCCAACGAUCAACCUACAACAACGGCGCCUGGGACAGUAGGAUGACACAGGUCGGCUCCCACGAUGAUCCAACGCAGAAGGGCAAUUAUCCGGCGCAAGGUACGGCAGUUGGUGGUGGCGGCCGCGGGCACAAUCAUUACAACUCCAUAUCCUCAACCAUGACGGCGCAGAAUAGCUCGGGUCUGAACAAUUUAGCGUCAGGGCUAGAGGACGCAGCUUUGCAGCGACGCGGGCAUCAUCAGCAACACCCAACUGCAGCGUCAAUUCUAAGCCAACCACCUACUGCUGUGAAUCGUGUACAAUCCCCGGUCACAACACAAAGCGCAUCGCCAUGCGAUACCACCCAGUCUUCCAAUUCCGGGUACCAGAAUGAUCUUUCCUCUGAAAAUCCACAAAGUUCCUUGAUCGGAUCAGCAACCGCUUUGGUUGGGAAUGUCGGUGCUCGCUUUCAACAGGCAUCACCGGCAAUGAGAGGACAACCAUCAACCUCACCAGUGAUGAACCAGUUCGCCCCGACAAGUCAGCCGGUUUCACAGAGAUCUGCCUCGCCGUACGUUCAACCUCAGGUCACCAAGACGCAGUCCCAGGAACGUCGGUCCUCCAUCACUUCUCAGAAAAAUUAUGGGAGUAUCAAUUCAGCAGUCUCGAGCAAUCAACGGAAAGCCCAGCAGAUCGCGAACAACGGCCAGUAUAGACAGGGCCCGAGUCAAGACGCUCCGCAGCGAAAUUCGCAGCCACAAUCUCAACCGGUGAACAGCAUCUCGAAUUUUGUUAUCUACUCAGCCGAGGAGCCGGCUCCAAUCCAAUACUCGGAGACUCUUGAACUGCAGUCAAUGCCGAAUUACGUUGACCCUACCCAGGUGUUCAAUCCGUUCCAUAAAGAGCACGAAAGACGGCGCAAGGACGCAGCAGCUCAAGUAGAGGCGGAAGCAAAGCGAAAAGCAGCAGAAGAGGCCGCCGCAAAAAAGCAAGCCGAAGAAGUGGUAUCUGCGGCGGCUUCCGCGAAGGAUCGAGAAAAAGGCGCCACUGCCGCAGCUACAGCUUGGGCCAUGAUGAAAGAGGCCAACGAAAAGAGAAAGCAGGUUAGAAUGGCAGCCCAACCCCGACAGGACCUUCCUAGCGGUAGUGAACCUCAAUCUGACAAGCAGCCGGAAUCUGUGGAUAGUGAAGCGGACAUGGCGGCUGGGCUUAAGGCAAUGAUGAAAAGAAUGCAAGAGUUUCGAAACAGGGAUCCGGCUCUCUUUCGAAAGUUGUGGGACGACAUGCAAAAGACAUCAUCAGCCCCGUCAAUACCAGCCCCAUUGCCCUCGACCUCCCCUCAGAUGAGAACACAGCAGGCACCUCCAACUACUCAGAACCAUCCGUCACCGUCAACAACUCCGAUACCCCUUCAGGCACCUCCGCCGCAACAGGCACCUCCACAUCAAUCUAAGAGAACCCCGACUGUAUUGACCCCCGGAGCAGAUCCAGAGACUCUUUCAAUCGCGCCGCCGGGAGCUAGGCUCAAUGGAUACAAAGUGGUUGUUGAGAACAACCCAGAAGGACUGCCUGAUUUGGGCCGCUUCCCUGCUGAACGACGUAUCAGAACAUCAUACCAUGCCAGGACUUCAUCCCAGAAAGAUGCUACUGGACAAAGCACCGCAAAUCCAAGCCCAGUCGAGACGGGCGUCAGUUCCGGACAAGCGACUGUCCCCCUUGCCCCUGAGCGAAAAGCUGCAACCCCCAUUACACAAGGCCUCCCUCCUCGAAAGCCAACCGGCGAGACCAUGUGGCCUGAAGACAAGCGAAAUGCUCUUGCCGAAGUAGCCGUCAAAUUCCUAAAGGCUUUCCCUGAAAAUGCGGAGAUAGGGAUCUCCCCUAAAGACAUCCACGGGAUCCUGGAGCAGAAUCCGAGUUACACCGACUUGUGUAUGAUGCUCGAGAAAAAAGGUCUCAAAUUCCACAGAGGUCAGUUCGCGAGACAACUUUUGAACCACGUGCCACAGCUGAGAGGGCCAGCAAAGACUCCACUGCCUCCAGCUUCUGCUGUACAGUCACCUUCUCAGGCACUGGUACCGACACCAGUUCCCGAAGGUCCUGUCGCUACCAGUCAGCCAGAGGUAACGCGCCCAGCGUCGUUGCCAAUUACUUCUUCUGCUCCUGAAACUGGCAUGAAGUCCGGCAAGGCAUUUCAGGCAGCAAUGCCCCCUAUUUACAGAACCGAGAGUCGCCUCUUGGCCCCUCCAAAUCCACCAAUGCAACGGCCAAAGCCUGCCAGGAACCAUUAUCAAGCCAACCCUGAGCCCGUCCCCGGUUCGAAAAAAGCAAUGGCGCAAAAAAACAACUUCUCAGAGUUGAUCGACCUAACGGCAUUGAGUGAUAACGAGGACUAUGUUAUGUUGAAGAAGCAAGCGCGAGCCGAGAGCCAGUCACCUGAACCGAUGAAUCCAUUCCAGGAGUAUCCCAAUCAGCCCUUACCUGCCUAUCCGCCUCCGCCUCCGCCUCCGCCUCCCCUACCAUAUACGGCCCCUGGAUACCUAUGGCCGCUGCGAUUUGAUCCCAAUUACCCCCAAUACGCACCAAGAUAUAUUCCGCUUCCUCAUUAUCCAUCAACCGUAUUCCCACCAACCCCACCCCCGACCGUGCCCCAGCCGCUGCCACAGCGAUCGGUCAGGAUACUUGCUAAACCCGUCAACAAGGAAGAAGCUUUGGGCAAGACGUACUAUGACGCCAAAACAAUAGCUCGAGAUAUUCUGAUUACGGCUGGCAGACAUCCAUCUGAGCGCCCACUUAACGCUCACUUGGCAGGACUCCUUGGGAGUUACGUGGAUAUUGAUUCUGAUCUGAGCACCUUUGACUGGGAGGCAGUAGAUCCUGGCGGGCCUCCGGUACCUCGAGUUCCGUAUGCUGAUGUCCCGACUGAGCCACCUCGAUAUCGCCUGGGACAAACAGGAAACCGCCGUUCUAAGGUGCAAAGCUCGCCUCCGACAUCUGAGGCGAACACUACACAGAACCGCUUGCCGGAUUCGGAAAAGCGCGGAAUACCGCCGCCUGCGCCCGCAUCUUCGCACCCACCUGCAUCUGCGCCUGCGCCAGGACAAAGGGACAAGUCCAAACCUCACACAGCCCAGUCGCCCACUCCACCGGCGCGAGGGAGCUCAGACUCAAAAUCAAGUCCACACUCACGAGGUCCGCGUGUCCUCCCACAAUCUCAAGUUGCAGAGGCCAAGAAGGUGCGGCAGUCGUCUCCGAAACCAGUGAUUCCCCAGAAACGAAGAGGAAGCCUCAUUUCCUCAAACGGAUCUCCUCACCUAGAGCGAACACGGCCGACUCGAUGGGCGUCUACUCAAGUCACUCCCUCAAAUAAACCGAAAACAAUGAGCGAAGGCGCAUUCUACACGAGCGGAAAGAGACGAGGGCGACCUCCAGGAGCCAAAAACGUCCACCCAACCUCUGGAGCGAGGAAGAAGACAGCGCAAGAGCUCUCUCACGUUGAAGUCACUAUCCCUUCACCUGCUUCGCCAAGCCUUCCUGUUUUUAAAUGUCGCUGGAAAGGCUGUCACGGACACCUUCACAACCUUGACACACUCCGAAACCAUGUUUCCAAAGUGCAUCGGCCAACACCAGAGCAGCUGAAGGAAGAAGGCGGUUAUAUCUGCUGGUGGAAGAGGUGCAAAUACCUCGUGGAUGACGGAGAAGGCUCUCUCCGUCCGUCUCAAGUAUUUGACAACUCGGAAGAGUGGCUCGCACAUAUUGCGAAGCAACACUUGCACGAAGUUGCAGCUAAGUUAGGGGAUGGCCCAACAACCAAGAUCAUCGAUCCUCAGACACUCCUCCAUGACAAAGCCCGUUACCUCUCGGACGAACAAGGGAGAAAGACCACACCUGACGUAUCGGUCAAGUCCGUCCAAGACGAAUUGGAAGCCGACACAAUGACACUACUGAAAGCCGACCACGAUGAUGUAGAGAAACAGGCUCAAAAAAGUUUCAUGAAAACACAUCGAAUGGAGAAGAGCAGCCCGAGGGCUGUUGCAGAAGAGACCCUCAAGGCUAUGGCGGCAAGGAAGGCCAAGAUUGGACCGGGAAUUGACCGUGGUGGUUGUGUUUUGGUGAACGAGGCGAGGAGGGCUACCCUCAUUCAAAACCCAGGGAUUCAGAGGGUGGUUGAUGAGGAUUACUGA